AUGUGGGAGGCCACGCCAGACAUCCCCUUCCCCACUGGUCUGUCUGGAGGUGAAGCCGGGCAGCUCCAGCCCGGGGCUGUGGGACGAGAGUGGGUGGGGGAGCAAGACGGGACGGACACCGAGAAAAACCUUUCCACGGCUCGCCCAGCCCUGGAGAAUGCCCCUCUCCAAACCUGCACCCUCUUGGACCAGGAGGAGGAAGAAGACACCAUCUGGGAGAAGAUUGAGAGUGCACGGCACCAGCUGACCCGCUCCCUGAACCCUGCAAAACUCACCCCAUACCUUCGCCAGUGCCGUGUGAUAGAUGAGCAGGAUGAGGAGGAAGUGCUGAAUUCAUGCCGCUUCCCUUGCAAAAGCAACCAGACAGGUUACCUGAUGGACAUCCUCCGGCGCCGUGGGAAGCGAGGCUAUGAAGCCUUCCUGGAGUCUUUAGAAUUUUACUACCCAGAGCACUACACACGGCUGACAGGAAAGGAGCCAGUCCAGCGCUGCUCUAUGAUUCUGGAUGAGGAAGGCCCUGAGGGACUAACUCAGUUCUUGAUGAUGGAGGUGAAGAAGGUGAGGGCCCAGCGGAAAGAGCACCUGCUGAAGGAGCACCAGCUCCAAGUGAAAAACCAGGCUUUGGAGCAAGAGCAGGCCAGGCUGGAGAAGCAGCUGCAGGAGCUCCUGAAGGUGCAGGAGCGUUGCCAGCGGCUGAGAGAGGAGUGGGACUCCAACAGCCUGGAGCUGCUCAGGCUGAAGGAUGAGAACUACAUGAUGGCCAUGCGCUAUGCACAGCUCUGCGAGGAGAAGAACAUGGCUGUGCUGCGGAGCCGGGACCUCCAGCUGGUGGUGGACCAGCUGAAGUGCAAAGUGACCAGCCUGGAGGAGGAGUGCAGCCUGCUGCGGAAACAGACAUCUGCACCAGCCCAGCGAGAGGCAGAGGAGCGGGGCCAGCCUGACACAGCCAUGUCUGACCUGUGGGCUGAGAACCAGCGGCUCACAGCAUCGCUGCAGGAGCUGCAGGGCAUAUUGCAGACACCUGGAGAGGGCCCAGUGCCAGGAUCUGAGAAGAUCCUGUUGGAUAUCCUGGAGCAUGACUGGAAGGAAGCCCAAGAUGACCGGCAAGAUCUCUGCCAGAAACUCAACUCCCUGCAGAACGAGCUGCAGUGGGCUGAAGAGCUGAGGGAUAAGUACCUCCAGGAGGUGGAAGAUCUGCAGCUGAAAUACCGGACACUGCAGAAGGACUGUGAUCUCUACAAGCAUCGUAUGAACACAGUGCUGCUGCAGCUGGAGGAGAUUGAGAAAGAGCGAGACCAGGCAAUCCAGAGUCGUGAUGGGGUUCAGCUCCAAUACUCCCAGAGCCUGAUUGAGAAGGACCAGUACCGCAAACGUGUGCGGGCCCUGGAGGAGGAGAGGGACGACCUCUUGAGCAAGCUGAGCCAGGCAGAAGGGCUGAACAGCACUCUGGAGGCACAGCUGCAGCGGUGCCAAGGCAGUCGCGGCCUGAGCAAGAUGUGCAGCUCUUCCUACUCCCUUUACUCCAACCUCAGCAGUACCUGGAGCCUCAUAGAUGACCCCACAGCUGGACUUGUGGAUGCGCUGGGGGAUUCUUCUAUCCCAUUCCCAGGGGAUUCAGCUGUUCAGAGCAUGGAGGUGACUCCCGACAGUGAGAAGGAUAUCAACCGCCUUUCCACCUUCCCUUUCCCCCCUUGCAUCGGUUCCAUCCUCCGUCGGCAGCGGGAAGAGAGGUGUAUGCCCUACAAAAGCUUGUCCUGCGGCUCCUUUAGCAGUAUUGAAGAUGCAACAGGCAGUGGUUUUGCUAGUGCCUCGCUUGGGGCCCUCUCUUCUUCCAGCAGCACCUACACCAGGGUGAAGUCCGAGAUCUGCUUGUCCAAGCUUCCCAGCCGUGAGGAGGUCACUAGGAGGUCACUGGUGGUGCAGCUCAUGAAUAUGGGUCACCCUAGCAAACCCUCAACCCAGGAGAAGAAGCUCAGGGAAGACAUCUCUAUCCUUGGAGGGAACAGGACAGGGAUUUACGUCCAGUGGGUCAAGCCAGGCUCACGGGUUGAGGAUGCAGGACUCAGGGAAGGGUGCAGGCUCAUUGAGCUGAGGGUGCCGUCGCUGAAGGAAGAGGUGCUUUCUCUGGAGAACUGCACACAAGAGGUUGCCUACCUGAGCUUGCUGCAUUGGGAUGAGCCCUCCAGUCUUGUCUUUCAGCCUGACCUGGAAGGAUACCAGCCUCUGCGGGAAGCCCUGCAAGAAGGGAAGAAGUUUUCUGGAGACUCGUUCUACGUACGCACCAACCUGUCCCUGCUGGAGCCGUCAGACCCGUAUGCGCUGUGUGUCAAGUGUCGGGAGAUCCUCCAUGUCACAGACACCAUGCACAAAGGGAGGAAGGAGUGGUACUGUUCCCGCGUCGAUCCCUUAACCAUGAGGGACCUGGACAAGGGGACAGUGCCCAACUACAGCAGGGCUUACCAGCUUUUGAAGAUCCAGGAGAAGGGUCAGAUGCCUGGGCAGCAGAGGGGGCACAGAAACAACCUGAAGAAACGUGCCUUGGACCAGCUGCGCCUGGUGAAAUCCAAACCACAGAGGAGCUCAGAACAGCCCCCUCAGCAGCUGUGGUUAGACCCCUGCUCAGACCCAGAGGUGAGCCUGAAGCCAUACAGCCUGGUGCGCCCCGUGGUGGUCAAGACACCUCGCCCUGUGGUGCUGUCCCCUAACUGCAUUGCACCACGGCUCAUCAGGAACCUGCUGGACUUGCCCACCUCUCGCUUGGACUUCCAUGUGUGCCCAGCAGAGAAGCUGGCAGAAGGGGAUCCCUGUGCAACCCACACUCAGGAGCACCCUGCGUCUAGAACUGCCCCCCAGAACCGGAGGGGGAGUGGGCGAAUCCGCAUGAUCCGGGAGGCGAUGGAGAAGAAUAAACACUGCCUGCUAGAACUGGGAGUUCAGGGUGUGAGGGAUCUAAUUAGAAGUGAAAUAUACCCCAUUGUUAUCCAUGUCGAGGUCACCGAGAAGAAUGUUAGAGGACUCAGGAGUUUGCUGGGGAAGGCAGGCCAGCGGGACUCGGAGGUGCUGAAGGUGUGCCGUGGUGCAGAGCAGGCUCUCCACACACUGCCCUGCUCCUGGGCCAGGGUGGAGCCCCAUGCCUGGAACCAUGCUGAAGAGCUGCCCAAGGUGGUCCGGGGAUGCAUCUUCCAGGAGCAAAACCGCCCGCUGUGGAUUGAGGAAGGCUAUGACUGAGCUUGGGGGUGUCAGAAUUGGCACUGCCAGCUACCAUCCCCAAGAGAUGUUCUCAGAGGUCCCAACCUCCCCAAGCUCUUCCAGGUAGCAUGUCCUUCUCUCCCCAGGAGGAUGCUGGUGGCAAAGGUCCCCCAGGGGUAGCCUUUCUGGUCCCCUCGAGGCCACCAAGAGCUGGGGAGUAACACAUGCUGCCUCCCUCAUCUGAGCUCUCUGUAUUUGAUUCGAGAGAUGUCUUCCACUAUUAUGAUGGAAGCCACCCUCAUGGGCUCUUCCCCAUCACCUUGGGCUGCCCUUGUCUCUGGUGUUGUCAGAUUGCCAGAUGGGGAACACAGGGGAAUGGUGUGGUGUCAGGCUUGUAUAGGAGCAUCUCUCACACACCUUUGAAGCCCUUCUCCCACCAUCUCUGUCUCCCCUGCCCUGCAGCACUGUUUGCUCUGGGUCUCCUUUUCCCCUGUCUACCUCACCUCUCGCCCCACAUAGCAGGGAGCACAGCUCGUGUACCAACACCCUGCCAUGGCUGGAAUGACACUAAGCUUGCAAAAAACCCUCGUUUUAUAGGAGCUGUACUCUUUAUUGCUUGUAAAUUAUUAAUGGAGCAUUUUAUUGGCAAACUGCAUGUAAAGCAGAAUUAAAUA